CAGCGGGAAAGGAGAUGUUCCUUGUGUCUGCGCUGGAAGCAGGAUGAAUCUCGUGUCUAUGGCGACAGAUCCUGAGUUAAAAUGGAUAACCCUGUGGGUCCGCAUCAGGUGGGCGGCCGUGCUGAUGCUCCUCCUGGGCUCGCUCGUGAUGCUGCUGCUCCCGCUGGCUGCUGUGGAAGACCAGUGCCACGCAGUGCUCAAAGGACUCUCCUUCCUGAAAAGUAAACUAGGCGCGGGCUCCUCGGGAGUCACCAGAUACACAGGACAAACAACUGGGCUGAGCGUGACCUCCAACGGGCUGGAGCUGCUGGUGCUGAAAGGCAAAGCUUCCCCAGAAGUGAAGUUAGAAGCCAAAGCGGCUCUGAAUCAAGCCCUCGAAAUGAAGCGCCAAGGAAAGCGGGAGAAAGCCCACAAACUCUUUGUGUACGCCCUCAAAAUGGACCCCGAUUAUGUGGAUGCCCUGAAUGAAUUCGGUAUCUUUUCUGAAGAGGAAAAAGACAUUCUUCAAGCCGACUAUUUGUACUCCAAAGCACUAACCAUUUCUCCCUGCAACGAGAAGGCUUUGAUCAAUCGGGACCGGACACUACCUUUAGUUGAAGAGAUAGAUCAGAGGUAUUUUAGCAUUAUUGACAGCAAGGUUAAAAAAGUGAUGGCGAUCCCCAAAGGCAAUUCUGCCCUGCGCCGAGUGAUGGAGGAGUCCUAUUAUCACCACAUCUACCACACGGUUGCUAUUGAAGGAAACACUCUGACGCUGUCAGAAAUAAGACACAUCAUUGAGACCAGAUACGCUGUUCCUGGAAAAAGCUUAGUGGAGCAGAAUGAGGUGAUUGGCAUGCACGCAGCUUUGAAAUACGUCAAUACCACGCUGGUAUCGCGGAUAGGCUCCGUAACCAUCAGUGACAUCUUGGAGAUACACCGGAGAGUGCUGGGCUAUGCCGACCCGGUGGAGGCAGGGCGGUUCAGGACUACUCAGGUGUUUGUAGGACAUCACAUACCACCACAUCCCCAGGAUGUGGAGAAACAGAUGCAGGAGUUUGUGCAGUGGAUUAACUCGGAAGAUGCCAUGAGCUUGCACCCUGUGGAAUUUGCCGCGUUAGCCCACUACAAGUUGGUUUACAUCCAUCCAUUUGUAGAUGGUAACGGAAGGACCUCACGCCUGUUAAUGAACCUCAUACUAAUGCAGGCAGGCUACCCGCCCAUCACAAUCCGCAAGGAGCAACGGGCCGAGUAUUAUCACGUCUUAGAAGUAGCCAACGAGGGCGACGUGAGGCCUUUCAUACGCUUUAUUGCUAAGUGCACCGAGACAACUCUGGACAUGUUGCUCAUUGCCACCACCGAAUACUCCGUGGGCUUACCUGAAGCAGAUGGCUGCACUGCUGGAUGCAAGCAAACUAUCCCCGUCAAGACUUGAGGGUUGUGGACAUUCAGGAGCCAACGAACGCGUGGGAGAACAGACCGCCAAGCCACUCAGUAUUCCUGCUGGGAAAUAACUCGACAGGAGGUGUCACUCUUUAGCAUUUCAUUUAUUUAAAGUGUCUUACAUUGGAUUAAAUUAAUAUAAUUUAUUUAUAUACAUUAUGCCAAGUUGAAAUGUGAACUGUUGAUGUUGACUGUGCACUAUGACUUGCUUGUGCUACUGGAAGGAGGUGGGGAGAGGUGUCAGAAGGACUCAACAAGCUGAAGUAGAAUUUUCUCCUUAAAAUUAAGCUUUGAGAAGCUGCUUCAAUCACAACCCUUCACCUAGUCGGUCAACUGCAUUGUCUUACCUUGUCAAGGAGCUGCUAAGCAAGACAAAGUCUUAACUGAGUUGUUGCUUUUGUGUUACCUCUUCCCUGUUGUUCAAACAAAACCCCAAAACGCAACCCUUGCAGUAACAGCGCUCUCCCAGCUACGUUAAUCAGACUCUUUCCUGUCAGUCACACAAGUCUGACAGUACUGAUCAGGAAGGAAGCUGAACUCCAGUUCAGCAAAGGCAUCUUUCCCCUCCCAUUUCUGUUUUCAGCAGCACUUUGCAUGUUUACUUUCAGUUGCCUUUCCUAGGGCGAGUGUUGUACAACAAGUGGGAAGUAUUUGGUUUAAGAUUACAGAUGAUGUGACUGGAACAAGAGAAGAAAUGCUCUCUGACUCAUUUCACUGAACUGCGAGGUGCUUUUGCUGUACUUCAGACAGAAGGACUACCUAGUGCU